AUGUGGUAUUGUUCAUAUUUCGUUUUGCUUUACAUCUUUGGAUUUGUUAAUUUAACUAUAUCAAAACAAAUACCAUUAAUUGGACUAUUUACAUCGACAAAUCAUGAUAAUAAUUCAUCAUCAUCAUCAUUAGUUAUUAAUUAUGCAGUAAAUCAUUUGAAAACAAUUGAUAAUUUAACAUCUGAACUUCUUAUACAACAUAGUGAACAAGAUAUUCCAUGUGAUAUGGCUAUUGGUACUAAAAUGGUUUUCGAUAUGAUACAUCGAAAACCAAGACCAUUAGCAAUAUUUAGUGGUUCAUGUCAAACUGUAGCAUCAGCUAUUGCUGAAACAGCUGGAAUAUAUGAUAUGACUAUAAUUAUUUAUUCAGAAACAAGUUCACUUUUUACUGCUCGAGAAAAAUAUCCAUCAUUAAUUCGAACUGUACCUGGUGAUUCUCAACAUAAUAUAGCACGAAAACUUCUUUUAAAAACAUAUAAUUGGAGACGUUUUGGAAUAUUAUAUCAAUAUGAAAGACAAUAUACAAUGCCUGUCACUCGAUUCAAUGAUCUUUUACAUGAAGAUAGUAUUGAAUGGGAAAAUGCUUUGUCAAAAGGCAUUUCAUUCAAUGAUCUUGAUGAAACGCAAGGCAAUCGAACACGAAAUUCAUUAAAAGAUGCUUUUGAUGAAUUACAGAGAAAUAAUAUUCGUAUUAUUCUUGGAAAUUUUAAUUCAACUAUGGCUAUUCGAAUAUUUUGUGAAGCAUUUCGUUAUAAUCUAUAUGGUUCACGUUUUCAAUGGAUUAUUGUUGGUUAUUAUGAACCGGAAUGGUGGUUAAAAAAUGAAGGUCCUUGUAAUACAUCAGAAAUUCUAGUAGCACUUAAUGGCACACUUCAAACACGUGUUGCGGAAUCUCGCUAUGAUGAUAAUACUCGAACAAUAGCUGAUCUUACACCAGCACAAUUUAAAUUUGAUUUAUCACGUUUAAAAACAUCAUCAUAUUAUAAACAUUCAUAUUUUGUUGGUUAUGAAUUUGAUGCUAUUUUAACAUUAACAUCUGCAUUUGAAAAAUUAGAUAAUUCUUUAUUGAAACAAAAUUGUUCAAAUAAUUUUUCAAAUGAUUUUAUAUGGCGUCAAUCAUGUUGGCGUACGGAAUUAAUAGAUAUUAUAAAAAAAGUUGAUAUUGAAGGUGUUACUGGACGUAUACGUUUUAAUAAUGGUGAUCGAAUUGGUGAAAUUGUUAUCGAACAAAUUCUAGUAUCUCAUAGUGGCAAAUCAAAUAAUGUUGAAAUUGUUAAAUUAUUUGUUGCAAUACCAACAGAUCAGCUGAAAUAUGCUCUUUUGUAUGCUAAAAAUGGAAGAAAUGUUACAUGGCAUGGCUAUGGACCUCCAAAUGAUCGUAUCAAACGUAUUGAUCGUGCUCAAAGAAUUUCUGUACUAACAUAUACAAUAAUAGCAAUAGCAAGUGGUAUAGGAAUAUUUUUAGCAAUAGGAUUUUUUGUUUUUAAUAUUAUUUUUCGUACUCAUAGAUUUAUUCGAAUGUCAAGUCCACAAAUAAAUAAUUUAAUUAUAGCUGGAUGUAUUUUUUCUUAUAUUAGUGUUCUUCUAAUGGGUAUUGAUUCAACUUUACUCGGGAAAAGAUAUUCAGAUGCAGCUAUGAAUUUUAUUUGUGCAGCACGUAUAUGGAUGUUAUCUAUUGGUUUUACGAUAUCAUUUGGAGCAAUAUUUAGUAAAACAUGGCGUGUACAUACGAUAUUUACAAAUGUUGAUGCACAAAAAAGAGCAAUUAAAGAUAUUCGUCUUUUUAUGAUUGUUGGAACGUUAUUAGUUAUUGAUACGGUUUUAUUAAGUGCAUGGCAAAUCAUUGAUCCAUUAAAGAUACAUAAAUAUAAAAGUCAAACACAGACAACAGAUGAGGAUAUUAUGAUUCUAUGGAGUCAUGAAGAAUGUCGAUCAAAUCGUCGAUCGAUCUGGGUUACAAUGCAAUCGAUAUAUAAAGGUGUACUAAUGGUUAUUGGUUCUCGUUUUGCAUGGGCUACACGAAAUGUUCAUAUAGCAGCAUUAAAUGAUUCGAAAUAUGUUGGUAUGAGUCUUUAUAAUGUUGUUCUAUUAAGUAUAACAACUGCAGUUGUGGGUUAUUUUUUACGUGAUCAACAUGAACGUUCAUAUAUAUUAACAUCGACAUUUAUAUUACUUUGUGUAACAAUAACAUUAUGUUUAGUAUUUGUACCAAAAUUUCUCGAAGUAGCUAAAGAUCCACGUUCAGAAGCUAAACCACAACGUGUUGUUAUAUCAACUGCUGGAGCAAAAUCACAUUCACCACCACCACCAGUAGAAGAAAAAGAGAAAAAAACUUCGACCAAAGAUAAUGAACAAGCAAUUUUAAAGAUGAAACAAUUAACAAAUCAAAAUGAUGUAUUAAAAUUGAGUGCAAAUAAGUGUGAUGAAUUAAUCAAUAAACUAUUAUCAGCUUUAGAAGAAGCAAAUGGCAAACAAUAUCAAUUUGAAAUAUUUAUUCCUACAUCAACGAUACUUAUGGAUGAUAUAACUCAUACACAUGAAUCAGAUUGGUUACUAGCAGAUGAGAAUCAAUUGACAAAAUGA